AUGGCGGACACAGGUCUGAGCUCUUCAGGAUCGCCGCCGCGGCGGCAGCGAUCCACUCACGAAAUGGUCUAUUCGGGACUAGGGAACAUGAUCAGGAUGCUCCCCACGGGCACCGUGUUCAUGUUCCAGUUCCUCAACCCUGUCCUGUCCAACAACGGCAAAUGCCAGAGUAGUGUCAACAAGUACAUGGUCGGCGCCCUGCUGGCAGUCUGCGGCUUCAGUUGCUGCUUCACUUCCUUCACCGACAGUUAUGUCGACGCUGAUGGGAAGAUCCGCUACGGGAUCGCCACGUUUAGAGGGUUCUGGCCAGCGUCGGAUUCCGGCGGGACGGAUUUUUCGGGUUACAGGGUUGGGGUUGGGGAUUUCUUCCACGCGUUCUUGUCGAUGGUUGUUUUCGCGACUGUUUCUCUGCUGGAUGGGAAUACGGUUUCCUGCUUCUACACGGCGUUUGAGUCGCAACAGAAAGUGUUGCUGAUGGCUCUGCCGCCGGUGAUUGGAAUGGUUUCGAGUGCGGUGUUUGCGGUCUUUCCGAACAAGCGGCGUGGUAUUGGGUACCCGCCGGGUAGCGAUGAUGAUGAUGAUAGCAAGACUUCCUGA